AUGUACAGCCGUAACACCCUAUAUGUGGGUAAUAUAUCCUCUCGAACUACAGAGAGGGAUAUCCGCGAUGAAUUCUCCGAGUAUGGUCGUGUUAUACGCUGCUACAUGCCUCCUGGGAAGAACAUAUGCUUCGUGGAAUACGACAGGGAAAGGGACGCGGAGGAUGCCCAUAGAGGCAUGUCACGUGCUAAGAUAGGAGGAGUUUCUGUUACAGUGGAGUGGGCUAAGGCGGGACCACGCUCCGAUUCGAGAUCGCCAAGGAAGGAUCGUCGAGGACGCAGCGGUUCGCGUGACAAAAAGGAGUCUCCUAGUAAGCGUGAUGAGAGCUCUAGUAGGUCGCCGAGAAAGGAGAGCCAAGAUGUUAGGAAGUGA